AGCAACCCAGAAGUCAGUGAUCAGAAACCGGAAACUUCGAGCCUUGCUUCAAACCUUACCAUGUCAGAGGAAAUUAUGACAUGCACCGAUUACAUCCCUCGCUCAUCCAAUGAUUAUACCUCACAAAUGUAUUCUGCAAAACCAUAUGCACAUAUCCUCUCAGUUCCUGUAUCGGAAACUGCUUAUCCUGGACAGACUCAGUACCAGACACUACAACAGUCUCAACCCUAUGCUGUCUACCCUCAGGCAACCCAAACAUAUGGACUACCUCCUUUUGGUGCAUUGUGGCCAGGUAUGAAAUCUGAAAGUGGUUUAAUUCAGACUCCAUCUCCAAGUCAACACAGUGUUCUUACCUGCACUACAGGGUUAACCACAAGCCAGCCAAGCCCUGCACAUUAUUCUUAUUCCAUUCAAGCUUCAAGCACAAAUGCCAGCCUAAUAUCCACUUCAUCUACAAUUGCCAAUAUUCCAGCAGCAGCAGUUGCUAGCAUUUCAAACCAGGACUAUCCCACUUACACUAUUCUUGGUCAGAGUCAGUACCAGGCAUGCUACCCCAGCUCCAGCUUUGGAGUCACAGGCCAGACUAACAGUGACGCUGAAAGUGCCACAUUAGCAGCAACCACAUACCAGACAGAGAAGCCUGCUGUCAUGGUACCUGCAGCACAGAGACUUUCCUCUGGAGACCCUUCUACAAGCCCAUCUUUGCCCCAAACUACACCAAGUAAGGAUGCUGACGACCAGUCUAGGAAAAACAUGACAGGCAAGAACCGGGGCAAGAGGAAAGCUGAUGCCACCUCUUCCCAGGACAGUGAAUUGGAACGAGUUUUUCUGUGGGACUUAGAUGAAACCAUCAUCAUCUUCCACUCCCUCUUGACUGGAUCCUAUGCCCAGAAGUAUGGAAAGGACCCAACAGUAGUGAUUGGCUCAGGUUUAACAAUGGAAGAAAUGAUUUUUGAAGUGGCUGAUACACAUCUGUUUUUCAAUGACUUAGAGGAAUGUGACCAGGUACAUGUGGAAGAUGUGGCUUCUGAUGACAAUGGCCAAGAUUUGAGCAACUACAGUUUCUCAACAGAUGGUUUCAGUGGCUCAGGAGGCAGUGGGAGCCAUGGUUCCUCAGUAGGUGUUCAGGGAGGCGUGGACUGGAUGAGAAAACUGGCUUUCCGCUACCGAAAAGUGAGAGAAAUCUAUGAUAAGCAUAAAAGCAAUGUGGGCGGCCUUCUCAGUCCUCAGAGAAAGGAAGCACUGCAGAGACUAAGAGCAGAAAUUGAAGUUCUAACAGAUUCCUGGUUAGGAACUGCCUUAAAAUCCUUACUUCUCAUCCAGUCCAGAAAGAAUUGUGUGAAUGUUCUGAUCACGACCACCCAGCUGGUUCCAGCUCUUGCCAAGGUUCUCCUAUAUGGACUAGGAGAAAUAUUCCCUAUUGAAAACAUCUAUAGUGCUACCAAAAUUGGUAAAGAGAGCUGCUUCGAGAGAAUCGUGUCAAGAUUUGGAAAGAAAGUCACAUAUGUAGUGAUUGGAGAUGGACGAGAUGAGGAAAUUGCAGCAAAACAGCACAACAUGCCUUUCUGGAGAAUCACAAACCAUGGAGACCUAGUGUCCCUCCACCAGGCUCUGGAACUUGAUUUUCUCUAAGAACUGGAACAAGGAGCCUGCCUUAUGAGCUCCUUUUCACUCCUGAUGGGAGCUGGAGACCGGAACCUACCGGGAACACAUCCUCUCUUUCUCUCCCUG